AUGUGGCUGACCAAGAGGUCUGCUGUCGUCUUCAUCCUUUGGGGGACUGGCUUUGUGCGUUCCGCCAUCAAUAUCGAUGGUUCUCAAGCCGUGGAGCCUGUCAAUGAAGAUGACCCUUCGCCUAUUGGAGACAUCAAUACAUACUACCCUGAACGAUAUGAUUGCCCUCUCCCGUGUAUUGAUCUUGCAAAUACACACACUUGGACACCAUAUUUGUCUGUGGACCGUCUGAAGCGUUGCAAUGAGCCCAUGCUGCUGCAAUUCUCUAUUACACAACCACUCGAUGACCCAAAAUCCAAUAUCUUGAUACGAAGCUGCACGCUUGGUUCUCAAGAGUCUUCCUUUAAGAGCACUAUAUCCUCGAUACAGAAUCCGAAGAAAGGCAAAAAUCUGUUUCGAGGUGGAAGUCUCAAAAACUCACCAGCAUGUGCAAUUGCUGGUUUCCAAGUCGACGACAAGCUUGUGCUUGCCAAGAGCAGCAGCGGCAAAGGAAACGGCCGUGAAAUUGCUAGCCUCUUGGAGAGCAUGAGCGAAUACUUUGAAGCCAAAGACAAUUGCGACGAAAACUUUCUUUUUGCCUAUCACAAGGAAACCGUCGCAAGCGUCUACAUCGGCCCCGGCCUUGGGAAGCCGACUGUGAGUUCUGCCUUGAAAAGCCUGGCUGCGAAUGUGCAGGACAGCAACUCCAUCUCCAACCACCUAGUUGCCCAGCUUUGUGGCAGCGGCCGUCUAUCAACUAGAACCUUUGGUGUCUCGGUUGACACGACUGGUGAUCUUGCGGCUGUUCAGAAGACAGCCUUAAGCUGGAGCAAUGGCGUUUGCGCUUCAAAAGGAGACCUCAUUACGGCAGGCAACCUUGCUGGCGUCAAGGUGUUGGACAUUGGCGGUUCCAACAGCACUUUCAACAGUGGAAAAAGCUCAUUGACCUCCAGAGCAGCGUCUUGGAUUUCCCAAAGAGACAAGCAUGCACGCAACAUGUUGGACGAACGAGCGACUUGUCGUUAUAUACAAGUCGUCCCUGGAGACAGCUGUGGGGCACUGGCUUCUCGAUGUGGCAUAUCGCCUGCUGAUUUUACAAAGUACAACCCUUCACCUACUCUUUGCUCUACUCUUCAACCGGGAGAUUACGUAUGCUGCUCAUCCGGCACCCCGUUCGUGCCUCCAAAGCCUAAGCCAAACCCUGAUGGCACUUGCGCAACACACCUCAUUGUGAACGGAGACUCGUGUGACGCUCUAGCCAAGGUGAACAACAUCACGACUGCUGAAAUUGAAAGCUUCAAUAAAGGCAAAACUUGGGCUUGGACCGCGUGCAAAGACAUGCUUGUCGGCUACAACAUGUGUCUGAGCACUGGCAGGGCGCCAAUUCCGCCUCCUCAGGCCGGAGCAGAAUGUGGCCCCUUGGUUGCUGGGACAAAACUCCCAGCAGACAACACCACCUCGUUGGCAGAUCUCAAUCCUUGUCCCCUAAAGGCUUGCUGCAGCAAUUGGGGCUUUUGCGGUGUUUUCCCUGCGCAUUGCGACGUACAUGCCCCUUCAGGGGGUGGUCCAGGAACCAAAGAGCCUGGCUACCAGAACACUUGUGUCUCAAACUGCGGUAACAAGAUCAAAUCGAAUUCAGGUCCUCCUGCAACAUUUCAACGGAUUGGAUAUUACGAGGCAUUUGGCCUGGAUAGAGAUUGCCUCUGGCUAAAGGCCAAAAAUGCAAACACUGAUGGCACUUACACGCAUAUUCAUUGGGGCUUCGCCACAAUCGACUCGAGUACAUGGAAGCUCAAAAUCAACGACACCAAAGGCCAGUGGGCGGAUUUUAAGAAGCUGCCCAAUGUCAAGAAGAUUGUGUCCAUUGGUGGUUGGGCAUACUCGACCGAAGCAGCAACCUACAAUAUUAUCCGACAAGCCAUCAUCACAAACAAGAAUGCGUUUACUACGAAUCUUGCUCAAUUUGUCAAGGAUGAAGGCAUAGAUGGUAUCGAUAUUGACUGGGAAUACCCCGGUGCACCGGAUAUUCUCGUCGGCGGCCAACCAAUUGGUCAAAAGAAUGAUGGAGCUGACUAUCUUAGCUUUCUCACAUUGCUGAAGCAGAAACUAGGCUCAGGGAAAUCUGUGUCAAUUGCAGCACCGGCUUCAUACUGGUACCUCAAGGCCUUCCCCAUUGACAGAAUCAGUGCGGUCAUCGACUACAUUGUGUAUAUGACUUAUGACCUACACGGCCAAUGGGAUUACGGGAACGCAAAUGCGUUUGACAUGUGCCCGUCGGGUAAAUGCAUUCGCAGUCAUGUCAACAUAACCGAGACUAGAAACUCUCUUGCAAUGCUUACAAAGGCUGGCGCAGCAAACAACAAGAUUUUCGUCGGUGAAGCCAGUUAUGGGAGAUCCUUUCACAUGGCUACAGAUGGAUGCUGGGGGCCAAUGUGCGACUUCACCGGAACCAGACUCCAGUCAGAUGCGAAGCCUGGGCGAUGCACUAAGGCACCUGGUUAUGUUGCCUAUGCUGAAAUCAACGAGAUCAUCAAGAAGGGUGACGGUGCUCAAACGUUCCGUGAUAAUUCUUCUGACUCGGACAUAAUGCUCUAUAAAGGAGACUAUGUCAGCUAUAUGACAACAGCAACAAAGGACACAAGACGUAAUGAAUGGAAAGGAUUGAACUUUGCCGGAAGCAUAGACUGGGCCGUAGAUUUGCAAUCUUUCACAACAGAUGACCUGGACGCUCCACCAGUCACACCAAAGCCCGGCGACAAUGGCUGCGUCUCCGGAGAAGACAACAGCAUCAACUCCGGAGAUCUCUGCGAAUUCUCAUGUGGCCACGGAUUCUGUCCGGAAUCUCUCUGUACCUGCGUCACACAGGGAAUGACAACUAACCUUCCAUCGGCAUCAGAGUUGGAGGUUAUGGCCUGGGACCCAUGGGAUGUAGAUUUAAACCGACUCUGCAAGUUCAGCUGCAAAUACGGCUAUUGUCCACAAGAUAUCUGCACGGACAUCCCCAAAGAAGAUGAGGGCGAAGAGGAGCCCGACACGGGUUACUUCAACUAUACGGAUGCGAGGUGGCAAAACGCUCAACACUGCCUGCUCUUCAAGGAUCCCCAGUACAGAGACGUCAGUGUGAACCAGUGCAAGCCGGUAUGUCAGGCGGCACUCGACGAUGCGGAAAAAGAAGGCCGGACAAGCAACUAUGGCUGUAUUGGCAACUUUCCGGUCGACAAAGAGAUUCCGUGGGAAAAGUAUCCGGGAGCCAGUUACGAAGUUGCGCCGGGACAAUGUCUCUGCGACAAUAUGCUCAUCAAUGAGAUUGCAGACUUUGUCUUGGAUGCGCUGCCAAUUAUUGCUCAGAUUGGGUGCUACAUUCUCAUGUCUUCUCUUAAGCUUGUGCUUGAGGUUGGCUUGGAAUUCAUCCCUGGAGUUGGGAAGCCUCUCGAUGCCGGCUUAGUUUUUGUCUUAGAUAUGGCUCUAACCGCGACCGAGAUGGUGAAUUACAUAUAUCCAGAAGGCGAGGACCCUGGAGGUGCCUUUGAAUGGUGGUUGAGUCCAUGUGGUGGCUCUGGACUGGUGCCAGACGACAUCAAGAAUAUCUUUGACACUCUUAGCCAGGUUGCAGGGGGUGUUUCGAGUUUCAAACCACCGAAAAACAUCCCCAAAGGAAGCGGCAAGAAAGGUGACGACGGCAAUCCGACAGAUAGAGGAAAGCCUCGGCCCAACACUGGUGGCAGUGGAAAAGGCACGCCGGCCAAGAAGCAAUGCAAGGUUCCGCCCUCCAAGCAGACCCAGCGUCUUGGCCAGGGGAAGAACACGCUGCGCAUACAAUCCUGUGUCGGCGACAAGACGAAGACCACCGAGAUCGUUGUCACCUCGCUCGACUACGCGGCCAAUGCGAAGCCGACGCAAGUGGCCAAGGCUUGCGAUGCUGCUUGGUCGCAGGCGUGUUACCAUUACAGCUCAGCCAUCCGAGUCAACCCCCAGUGGGCAACACUCACAUGCCCGCAAGAAGCUGCGGCGACAAAACAUCGUCUCGACGCCCGGGCGACGUCGGUUUGGUCGAGUCAGCACGCCGGAGAGGGCUGGCAAGAUCGAAAUGCUCCCGGACGCACAUGGCAGAACUGCGACAGAGACGAGUACCCGCCAGCAUAUCUUCUGGGCGAGACGGACCCAGCCUAUAUAAACAGCGGAUCAAACAGCAAAGGGCAGUUGGUUCGCUAUGUACCCAACACGCAGAAUCAAAAGGCCGGUCAGAUGUGGAAGGGCACAUGUUUCGGUACUCCGGUAAAAGCCUUGUCCGAUAAGGUCUUGAUGGACAGCGUGGCGAAGGCGCCUCAGUCCAAGAAGCAGAAUAUCCAAAAGGUGAACUUUGAGCAAACAAUGGCAGAAAUUGGUGUCGACGUUCGCCCCGAGUUUACCAUCUCCUCAUGGGGUCCCCCGAGCAGUGCGGAUGCCGGUCUGUCGGCCAAUCCAUGCUGGCCAAAGGGCAUUGCUGCCGCCGACCCUGGGUUUGCUCUGCUCACAUAUGAUCCUUAUUAUGGAGGCCGAGCGCCGGCGUACGACUACAAAGCAAAAUAUGUCAAAGGUUCAAAUGGGUCUUGA